AUGUCUUCCUUGCACAUUCGCWAGCCGAUUGCAGCUUCCUUUGCUGUUCUGGUCCUCGCUUCGGCGUACUUGGGUCUGUCGACUCAAAAGCUGCCACAAUAUGGACAAAGCGACAAGGGGCUACAUCUGAUCACCUUCUUCCUGCUGACACUUUCCUUCUACUGGAUCUUUGAACUACCACGCCGUCGUUGCAUUCAUCUGACCCUCAUAGCCUGCACCGCCGGUCUAGGGAUUGGCUCAGAAGUUGUCCAAGGACUACUGCCAAAUGGCCGGGAUUUCGACCCAUUUGACAUUCUCGCCAACGUCGUCGGGUCUGCAUUAUCCCUGUCGCUGUGCUCUUGGUAUCAUCGACGAAUGCUAGAGCGGAAACGCAAGAACAAGCAUUACGAUAUCGUCCCUGGCGAUGAGCUGCCUGAGGGGGACGAAGAAAGGGAUGUAGAAUUGGGCGAAGUCGGUGUUGGGCCGCAGGAGACUGGUGUUGUGCGUGAUCAGGCUAUUGCCGGGGCGACUACAACGGUUGAUGUUACGAGGGAGCUUGACGAAUGGGACGAAAACGCCGAGGACUGGGAAGAAGAGGGCGCAGAGAGCACCAAGGUGGUUGCUAGUCUUCCAGUGGAGGAUGAUACGAAGAAACGGACUGAUUGA